GUUUUCUUACUCAACAUGGCCGAUUUAACUAUACCUACUCCGCCUAGAACGCCUACAGAACUACCAACACCGAGCAGUAGUUCUGCCUCUUUAAAGACUUCUUUUUCCAACAAGAGUACAUCAAUAAAAGAAAAUGUACAGGUCAUGGUUCGAUGUAGACCAAAGUCCAAGAAAGAGCUCGAAGAAGAGCCUUGCUGGAUUAUUGAUACUCGACAGGGAACGAUUGAACUUGCUCGAAUAACAUCUACAGCCCGGUCAUUUCAGUUUGGUAAAAUGAUGAAAUAGAACCUGAUAUAUUCAGCUGUAUAUUUAUGCUUUUCUUUCAUAGAUAAUGUCAUGAUGGGUGAAGGCAACGAGCAAGUUUAUAAGGCAGGCAUUCAGGAUCUGGUUAGAUCAACUAUGAUGGGUUAUAAUGGCACUGUGUUUGCAUACGGACAAACCGCCAGUGGUAAAACUUAUAAUACUAACCUCUCCUGCCCUUCAGGUACCGAAAAAGAGCCCGGUGUGAUUCCUCGUGCGGUUGAAGAAGUAUUUUCGUAUAUUGAAGAAGUAAAUAAUCAACAAGAUACAUCCGGAAGAGAAUAUCUGCUCCGUGUUUCUUAUAUGGAAAUAUAUAAUGAACGCAUCAAGGAUUUGCUGUCAGAUGUAGAUAGCAAUCCAGAAAUUGUAGAAGACAGAAAGAAAGGAAACUAUGUUCGUAACUUGAAAGAAGAAAUAGUCAAAACCUCACAAGACGUGAUCAACUGUAUCAAAAAGGGUGAAGGCAAUCGACACAUUAGCGCCACCGACUACAAUGAACGUAGCAGUCGAUCCCACACUAUUUUUCAACUGAUGAUUGAGAGUAGACCAAAGUCAAUUGGAAGCAAGACCAAUAUCGUCCGUUUUUCUCAAUUGAACUUGAUUGAUUUGGCCGGUUCUGAAAAAGUAACAAGCGAUGUAGAGCGAAGAAAAGAAGGUGCAUACAUCAACAAGAGUUUGCUAACUUUGGGCAAUGUUAUAUCGAAAUUAACAAGUGAUUCACCACCUAUGCAUAUCCCUUUCAGAGAUUCAAAAUUGACGCGUAUUCUUCAGACUGCAUUAUCUGGAAAUGCAAGAAUUUCAGUUAUCUGCACUAUCAACCCGACAUUCUCCUCUAAAGAUGAAUCCAUGAACACAUUAAAGUUUGCCCAAAGAGCCAAAUUGAUAAAGACAGAUGCUAAAAUGACCAAGGUACACGAAAAUAUACAAUGA